CUCAUCCAUUCUCCUCGCAGUUUGCAGUCGCACGCACAUCCAAACUCCCGAGUCCCUUUGUCUCGCCGCUCUCGCGACCUCCGCUCCUGCUCUACACCGUCCGCGAGCUAGAAAGCACGAGUCCCAGACCCGAACCAUGGAGUUCAGCGGUGACAUCGACGACUUCUCCCUCCAGCUCAUCCGCGAUCAGCUUCUCGGCGGCGAGGCCUACCUCCCCGUCCCCGGUGGCGGGGCGUAUGACACUGCCGCGUCGACGGCGCAUCCCGCGCAGGCGGCGUUCCAGCCCACGGCGUUCAUGCCGCAGAAGCAGCAGGUGGCAUACGUGGACUUGACGCAUGAGUACGCGGAUGCCACUGCCGCCGCGGCGGAGGCGGCUUUCCAGGCGGAGCCGGUGAUGAUACGGUUCGGGGGCGAGACGUCCCGGGUGUCGGACCUCCGGAGGCCGUCGCUGAUGAUCUCUCUACCACCGCCCUCCCACGCUUGGGGCGCGGCGGCUGCUCCUCUGCCGGGACAGGCCGCUGCAGUGGCCUUGGACGUGAACGACUUCCGCAAGUACCGCGGCGUGCGGCAGCGGCCGUGGGGCAAGUUUGCGGCGGAGAUCCGCGACCCCAAGAAGCGCGGCUCGCGCGUGUGGCUCGGCACAUACGACACCGCCAUCGAGGCCGCGCGAGCCUACGACCGUGCCGCCUUCAAGAUGCGCGGCGCCAAGGCGAUCCUCAACUUCCCGAACGAGGUCGGCUCCCGCGGCGCGGACUUCCUGGCCCCGCCGCCCCCGCCUCCGCCGACCACGGCGACGUCCAACAACAAACGGAAGCUGCACGACGCCCACCCCGACGUCGAGGCGGCGGCCGGGGAGCCUGCAGCAAAGUCCGUCAAGGCCGAGGCGUUCGGAUCGCCGGCGUCGUCGCUGACGUGGCUGUCCCCCGCGACAACCACGGCCUCCACGGUGACGUCCUCGUCAUCGUCGACGGAGGCUGGAGCCCACGAGAUGUUCCCGAUGACGCCGUCGAGCUGGACGUGGGAGCAGUGGGAGGGCGUGUUCGGGAGUCUGUCGCCGCUCUCGCCGCACCCGCAGCUCGGCUUCCCGGAGGUCACCGUUAAUUAAGCGGCUAUUGGCCAUUUAAGCAUGAUUAGGUGCAAAUACGUUAAUAAUUAGCGGUUUUAGUUAUGGACGGCCUUCGCUUUGGACUCAUCUUGGGAGGCUUGGCGUUGCAUGUGUACAGAAUGGAGGAGAUGACAGACUAUUAGGACAUGUGCCGGUGAACAUUCAACAGUGAACUAUAUAUACAUCGACAUAGAUCAAUAGAUGUGGAGAUAUAUACAUAUAUAUGGUGAUAAUAAUAUCAGAAAUAUGAUGGUAUGAGGUGUUUGAUGUGAUAUCGUACAUCAAGUAAAGAGUGUACGUGCUUAUUGUUGUUUCUUA